AUGCAGAGAGCAAGCAGGAGGGCUUCGGAGUUAAGGAGUGAUUCAGCUUCUGCUCUUGCUUCUCAAGAAACUGCUUCUGCCUCCUACGGUUCUAAUUCAGCGGAAGGUCUCCCUGAUGGUCUCAGCCCAAAAGAUACAACUAUGCAGGAAAACAAGAGCUUAUCCGUGUUGAUAGGAUCUAGUGACCCAGUAACAGCCAAGAAGAAUAGCAGCGAUGUUAGUUUGGAACAUGCAACCAUCAGUCCUGGUUCAUCAGCAGGUGACAUGGCACCAGCCACCGAGGACUGUGCAGCUUCAGGACGUGACUUGGGGUCCACAGCUCUUAAUCUUCCUGGAAAUGGUACCAUGGAAAUUCACACUUUAUCCUCUGGUCCUGAAGCUUGUCAAUUUGAUUUGGAGAAUCUGACCAAUGUAGCAAGAGGAAAGGAACACAAGCACCUGAAACCAUCUCCUCCAUCUCUAGAGGCAAAGUAUCCUGUGAACCAGCAAACUACCUCCAGGAAUUGUUCAGAAGAAGAAUUACAAGCUUCUGCCCCACUGGAAGGUAUCGAAGAGACAAGUCUGGAUUACCAACCUCCACCAAAGAGGGAUAAUAGGGUUUCAGGAGACAGAGCUGGUCAGAAUGUAGAUCAGGAUGGCUCAUCCUUGAAGCUCUCUCAGAACAUUGCUGUGCCGACUGACUUCAAGACUGCUGAUUUGGAGGUGAAUACCAAUCAGGAUAUUGAAAAGAAUUUGGAUAAAAUGAUGACAGAAAGAACCUUCCUGAAGGAGCGGUACCAGAAAUUAUUGGACAAGCAUAAGCAGGUGGCCAAUGAACUUAAGGUGCAGCUAAAGCAUUUACGGCAGAGGAGAGAAGAAGAGAUAAAGAGUCAUCAGGAGACAUUAAAGGCCAUCCAGUAUAUCACCAUCACGGCACAAGAAAUAAAGAAAAAAAUAGAGAAGGAAAAGAAGAAGUUUCUUCAGAAGGACCAGGACCUGAAAGCUGAAAUUGAGAAGCUCUGUGAGAAGAAAAAAAGGGAGCAAUGGCAGAUGGAGCUGGACAAGCUUAAGAGUCAGUAUGGUGAGAUCUAUAUGGACGUUACGGAGGAAACUAAAAGAGCUAGGAAAGCUGAGAUUUUAUCACUAGAAGGCCUGAAAGAGCUGCUGGUUUUAAACCUGGAAGAAGCAGAAAAGGAGGCAAAACUGCACCUGACCUACAUCAAAUCAACCCCUCCAACAAUGGAAACCAUUCGUUCCAAGCAGGAAUGGGAGACAAGACUGAAUGGAGUUCAGAUGAUGAAGGAGAAUGUCCGAGACCAAUAUAAUAACCAUAUCCAACUGGUGAGGAAUGGGGCAAAGUUGAGUAGUCUUCCACAGAUUCCUACCCCUACUCUACCCCCACCCCCUUCAAAUACAUACUUCAUGCUUCAGGUGUCUCCUCGGAUUCCUUUCUCCAUUGGGCAGCUUACCAUGCCCAUGGUCAUGCCCAGUGCAGACCCUAGUGCCCUCUCCUUCCCAAUGCUGAACCCUGCAAUCUCAAGGCCCAACCAGCCCUCCCCCACUCUAUCUGUCACCCAUGGAAGAAAUAACCCUGGCCUACCUUCUCUUGUUGGCCCCCAUGGUCCACAUGUGUCUUCUGCUGCCUCCCUACCACCUCCAUCAGGCUUGGGUGGUGUUAAGGCCCCCACUGAAUCUCACCGACCUCAACCAGUGGACAAACUAGAAAAGAUCCUAGAGAAGCUGCUGGCUCGGUUUCCACAGUGCAACAAGGCACAGCUGAUUAACAUCCUUCAGCAGAUCAAGACAGCACGAACCACCCUAGCAGGACUGACAAUGGAGGCCCUGAUUCAGCUGGUGGAUGCACGAUUAGCAGAGCAGGAACACUUGGCAGCGAGUGCUCAGCCCCAUGUUCAGAUCCGAGCUCCCUUGUUCCCUGCUCCCAUGGCCCAAAUAAAUACUUCUAAGUUCCUGCCCUCUGUUCAGGUGUCCUAUCCUGGAAGGCCUUCACAUGCUCCAUCUACCUGCAAACCGUGUCUAAUGUGCCAGGAGCUUGUUCAGCCCAGUGAGCUCCACCCCAUGGCCUGUACCCAUGUGUUGCACAAGGAGUGUAUCAAGUUAUGGGUCCAGACCAACACAAAUAACAUUUGUCCCUUUUGUCCAACUCCCAAGUGA